UGUCAUACAUAUUAUUUCUGUUAUUUAACAUGUUUGUUUAAUUUGUUAAGUCUUUUCAUGAAUAAUGAGUACUGACGUUAACGAGGAACUAACGAGUUUGCGUUGCACACGGACAUUUUUUCAGGUGCAACAGGAAAGGUUCUGGUGAGAAGUUAUUUCUCUGUUCGUGUAUUAAAAGAGUUACGUGUACUAUAAGACUUGCUCGUAUUUGAGCAAAUAACUAAAGAUGUUUUUUCCAUUUGUGUUUUUAAGCAAAGGAUUAAGGAAGAUGUGUCUCAUUUUUGUGUUUUGAACGGGUAUUUCAAGGGAACUCAUUCCCUCUUGGUUAUGUGCAGCCAGCGAGUUUGACGGUGGUUUUCAUUGCCGGUUAAUGUGAUGACGGAGAAAUGGAUGACAAGGCAAUAAAUCCAUCAGUAAUCAGAACAACGGUGUCGUUUAUUUCCUGGAGGGAGUGAUAGUCAAACUCGCGCCUGCGUCAACGUUCCCGAACCUGCUCGUGCCCGGCCCAGAUACAGAUAAGCCCACGUUUACCGUUAAGGAUCUGCAGUUCAUCAGUGUUUCAUUAAGACGUCCAUAAGUCAGACACUUAAGUUUGUGUUCUGAAAAGUGACAAUAAGUUUGAACACUACAGGGGACUGCGUGUAACCUUAAUUAUAAUUGUGGUUUAAAUUGUAUAAGGGAAAUUUAUUGAUAUUGUCUAAAGAAAGUGUAAAGAAAACUUUAAAAGGGAAAAAUAAUUUUUUUUUUUGGUACAUUUAAGCAAACCAACAUCUUUCACUUUUUUGAAGUUCAUUUAUUAUUAUAAGUUAUUAUUUUCAAAGAAUGUUUACUUUUAUGCAAUAUUACUAAACCUUUACAAUGUUUACUUAAUUGAGGGGUUGAACUAAAAGCAAUUGACAUAAUUUAAUUUGAUUGUUCAGAAAAAGAAAAGAAAAAAGGGCAGUUUAACUACACAGCUAAUUUUUAGUGUGUUCAGGCUAUUCCCAGAUAAUGUAAGAUGUCUCAAACGAGUGAAAGGGAACAAGUGUCAGGGAAUGCUACCAUUGUACAACAAGCAGUACAGCCUGCAGAACCUCGUAGAAGUGAAAGAGAUCGAACAUUAACAGAAAAGGGAAGGGAAUUUCAGAAGGAAAAAGUGAAAGGAUUAAUACUUCGCUUUGACAGUAUUUAUGAACGCUGGAAGGUUUUGACAAAGGUGGCUAAAAAAUCUGUAAUCAAACAAGAUCCCAGUGAUAUCCUUCAAGAACACAUUAAAGGUAUUCAAAGAGAAAAAUCAGAGCUGAACAGUGUUUAUGAUGAAUACCGACAAAUUGACACCCCAUCUCAUGACAUGAGGCGCAAGUUGGACAGAUGUGCAUCCAUUACCAGAAUUGUAAUACAGAAUGCACAAUCUCAAAUGCAAGGAAAGGAGGAAGAGAUUAUAUGGCCUGAUGCUUCAUCUGUAUUUGCUUCUUCAACCUCCAGUGUUUCAUUUCAGAGCAAUAAUUCUAAGUCCAUUCACUCUGCUGUAUCCUCAUCAAAAAGACAAGAAGCUGCUGCUGAAUAUGCACAUACACAGGCUGUAUUGAAGAUUAUGAGUGAGCAAGAAAGCCACCAAGCAGAACUACAGAGACUUGAAGCUGAGGAUAAGUUAAUAGUUGCAGACCAAGAAGCAGCUGCAUCAACUCGCCGCCUUCAAAGAGAAAAGGAAGAAAUUGAGCGCAAAAUAGAAAAAGAAAGACAAGAGGCUGCUCUGUUAAAGAGACAGCAUGAAGAAAAUGCUGCAAGAAAAAGGUCAGUUGAAAAUUUGAAAAGAGAGCUUGAGCGUUUGGAAGAGCUAAAGAAGCUUAACGCAGCCAAAGCAAAGCUUCAAGUGUACGAUGCAAAUGAGUUCUAUCCAACCCAAGACUUUGUACCACAAAACUCUGAAGGUGAGCUGCCUACAGAUCAGAUAAUCUGUCAAGCGAGUACUGCUGAUCAGCAUCAUCCACCACCGCUCCGAGAUGAGACUCCAAGAAGUGAACUUCAAAAUGACAUGCGAGAGCUGGUGAAGGUCUUAGCUGAAGCUAUGACAGCAAACAGGCUACCCAUUCCAGAGCCUUCAAUAUUUAGUGGAGAUCCACUCAAGUUUAAUCAUUGGAAAUCAUCCUUUCAGACACUUAUAGAGAAAAAGAAUAUUCCAACCUCAGAGAAAGUCUUCUUCCUUCAAAAAUAUGUCGGAGGAGCUGCUAGAGAAGCCCUAGAAGGUCAUUUUCUGGCUGGUUCAGAAGAUUCAUACAGUGCAGCAUGGGACCUGCUUAAUGAAAGAUAUGGCCAACCCUUUGUAAUUGCCAAGGCUUUUCGAGACAAACUACAUACAUGGCCAAAAAUAGCUCCAAGAGAGAGUGCUGAGUUGAGAAAAUUUGUGGACCUUUUACGCAGUUGCGAAAGUGCUAUGUCUAACAAUGACAGUCUCCACAUUCUUAAUGAUGGAGUUGAGAAUCAAAAACUUACUGCUAAGUUACCUGACUGGUUAAGCUCCAGAUGGAACCGAAAGGCCACACAAUAUCAACUUGAACACAGAAGGUUCCCAAGCUUCAGUUAUUUUGUGGCAUUCCUUUCAAUGGAGGCUAGCAUCGCUUGCAACCCCAUUACAUCUUUUCAUGCAUUACGGCAAGGUGAAUCUGAUAAAGCAAAGAUCAGGAGCCAGAACGUUAUGACCUCCAAGAACCAAACCGUAGGUGCCAAGAUCUUCACGACAAACACCAUUGAGAGGAAAAUAGACACAUGUGUGUUUUGCAAAAAAACAGGACACAGCUUACAAAAAUGCUAUAAAUUAAGAGAGAAACCAGUUGCUGACCGCAUAAAAUUUAUGCAAAGUGAAAAGCUGUGCUUCGGCUGUUUGAGCCCUGGUCACCAGUCUAAGAGCUGCAGUAACCGGAUGGUCUGCGAUUCAUGCUCAAAGAGGCACCCCACAUGCCUGCACGAAGAACGUUCAAAAGGGGACCAAGAACCAAAGAAAGAAAAAUCUAAGGAAAGAUCUCAACCACAAGAUGUCACAAAGGAAACAACUUCUAACAGAGUCGUACAAGAUAUUACCAGUGCACAGACGUCAGCAAUAGUGCCUGUCUACGUGUCAAUGCCAAGUGAUCCAGACAAGGAAGUUCUCGUCUAUGCUCUGUUAGAUUCACAGAGUGACUCUUCAUUCAUUCUUGAUGAAGUGGCAGAUGUUCUUGAUACAAACACUGAACAAGUGAAGUUAAAACUAUCUACGAUGUCAUCAAAAGGGACAAUCAUUCACUGUAAAAGACUUAACAGCUUACAAAUAAGGGGCUUAUUUUCCUCUAAGAAGUUAACAGUGCCAACAGUUUACACACGUGACUUCAUCCCUGCUAAUCGCACACACAUCCCAGUGCCUGAGACAGCAAAGGCAUGGCCUCACUUGGAGCAUCUUGCUGACCACAUUGCGCCUCGAAAGGAUUGCGAAAUUGGUCUGUUGGUUGGGUACAAUUGCCCACAAGCUUUAAUGCCACGAGAAGUCGUUUGUGGGGAGGAAAGCCAGCCAUUUGCUCAGAAGACCGACUUAGGAUGGAGUAUAGUGAGUUAUGGUGACCCAGGAGAACACUACGGCGAUGCAAUUGGAGUAAGUCAUCGCAUCAUCGUAAAACAAGUCAUGCCUGAAGUGAAUGCAAUGGUCAAGCUUAAAGGAGAAGUCCACUAUGUUUGCAAUACGAAGGUCAGUGAAAUGGUCACUCCAGAUGACAUAAUUAAGAUGUUGGAAUCUGAUUUCAGUGAGAGUGUCGGAGACGAGUCAACCUUCUCUCAAGAAGAUCUACAUUUCAUGGCUAAAUUGAAAGACGGAAUCGGACAGAAGCAAGACGGACAUUUUGAAAUGCCCCUACCUUUCAAACAAGAUACACCAAAUCUACCAAAUAAUAAAUCAUGUGCUGUUCAACGCCUAAUGUCCUUGGAACGAAGACUUAGGAGAGACCAGCAAUACUGCACUGACUACUUGGGGUUUAUGAAAGACAUCAUUGCUCGGGGCUAUGCAGAAAAGGUCCCUGAAAAAGAGCUUCAAAAUCAACCAGUCUGGUAUAUUCCCCAUCACGGCGUAUAUCACCCCCAAAAGCCUGGGAAGAUACGAGUGGUCUUUGAUUGCUCAGCAAGGUUCCAAGAAACAUCACUGAAUGACCAACUUCUUACUGGUCCAGAGCUUACAAACACCCUGGUGGGAGUCCUUUGUAGGUUUCGCAAGGGUCCGAUUGCCAUCAUGUGUGACGUGGAACAAAUGUUUCACCAGUUCCAUGUAAGGCCUGAGCACCAAGACUACCUCAGGUUCUUAUGGUGGGAGAACGGUGAUCUAGACUCUCCACCCUCAAUUUUUCGGAUGAAGGUCCACCUAUUUGGGGCAGCCUCUUCACCUGGAUGUGCCAAUUUUGGACUUAAACAUCUAGCCGCUCAAGGUCAGGAUAAAUUUAACCCAAGCACUGUUAAGUUCAUCCAAAGGAAUUUUUAUGUUGACGAUGGAUUGGUGUGUGCAACAUCUGAUGCUGAAGCAAUCCAACUGGUUAAGGAAGCAAGAGACCUUUGCAGCACAGGCAAGCUAAGACUACACAAAUUUGUCUCCAACAGCAAGGAGGUAUUGAAAUCAAUACCGAAGGAUGAGUGUGCUGAAAGUGUCAAAGACAUGGAUAUGGCUUUGGGAGAGCCACUCAUAGAAAGAGCUCUUGGCGUUCAAUGGUGUGUGUCCUCUGAUGACUUCCAGUUCAGAGUGACCAUCAAGGAACAUCCAAAUACCAGAAGAGGAGUACUUUCUACAGUAGCUUCCAUCUACGAUCCAUUGGGGUUCGUAGCGCCCUUUAUUCUACGUGGAAAGCAGAUCCUACAACAACUCUGUAGAGACAAAGUAACUUGGGAUGAGGAGCUCCCACUAGAGCUAAGAGCACAAUGGGAAAUCUGGCUACAAGAUCUUCGAAACUUAUCUAAUGUAAGGAUCAAAAGAUGUUAUAUCCCAGAUAGCUUCAAAGAUGUCAAGCAGUACGAACUUCACCACUUCUCCGAUGCAAGUGUCACCGGUUAUGGGGAAUGUACUUACCUCAGAGCAGUCGAUGUCAAGGGAGAUGUUCACUGCACACUAGUCAUGGGAAAAGCACGGGUUGCUCCUACCAAAGUAACCACAGUGCCACGGCUUGAGUUGACGGCUGCAGUUGUAGCAGCAAAAACGAGUGUUAUGCUCAGAAAUGAGCUUGAAAUAGAGGGUCUUCAAGAACAUUUUUGGACUGACUCAAAGGUCGUUCUCGGCUACAUAAACAAUGAUGCCAGACGGUUUCAUGUGUUUGUAGCGAACAGAAUCCAAAGAAUCAAGUCCACUACAGAUCCUGCACAAUGGCACUUUGUAAGGUCUGAAGAUAAUCCUGCGGAUCACGCGUCGAGAGGUCUCUCCGCAGAUCAGCUUGUUGCUUCAAAUUGGUUCACUGGCCCAGAUUUUUUAUGGGAAAGAGAUCUACCCAGAAGAGAUGUUAUGGUGGGAGAAGUCUAUGAUGAUGAUCCUGAACUUAGAAAGGCCCUGGUGCUCACCACCAAGUUGAUGGAGGAGAGGUCAUUGUUAGAUCGCUUAACAAAGUUCUCUGACUGGAAAAGAGCUGUGAAGGCUAUUGCCUUUCUAAAGCGCCAUGCUAAGCAGAUCAAGGGCAUCAAAGAGAAAGUAAGUGGAUCUACAAGUAUUGAGGAAAGAAAGGAAGCAGAGCUGUUUAUAAUCAAGUUGGUUCAGAGGGAAGCAUUCAACAGUGAAAUCAGAAGUAUAAAGCAAGGCAAGGAAGUAAACCCUAAAGACAAAGUAAACAAACUAUACAAACUGAGUCCGUUUGUAGAUGAACAUGAUGUGCUUAGGGUUGGAGGACGUUUGAUAAGAUCUGUUCUUCAUCCUCAUGUCAAGCAUCCUGCCAUUGUGCCAAAUAGGAGUCAUGUAUCGUCGUUGCUAAUCAAACACUACCAUGAAAAGGUGCGUCAUCAAGGAAGAGGAAUAACUGCAAAUGAAUUGCGAUCCAAUGGAGUAUGGGUAAUAGGAUGCAGCAGUGCAGUUGCCUCACAUAUUCACAAGUGCACAACAUGCAGAAGGUACAGAAGGAGCACACAAGAUCCAAAAAUGGCAGAUUUGCCAGAAGAAAGAAUGGAAAUGACACCUCCUUUCACAUAUUGUGGUAUAGACUGCUUUGGACCGUUCUAUGUGAAGGAAGCAAGGAAAGAACUGAAGAAGUAUGGUCUUAUUUUCACCUGUAUGUGCUCUAGAGCCAUACAUAUUGAAAUGCUUGAUGAUCUCACUACAGAUGCUUUUAUCAAUGCAUUGCGUGGAUUCAUCGCCAUACGCGGCCAUGUGAGACAGUUGAGAUGUGAUCAAGGCACUAACUUCGUAGGUGCAAGAGGAGAGUUCAUGAAGGCAAUGAAGGAUUUGGAUCAUGAACAGUUAAAGAAAUAUGGAUGUGAGUUCAUAAUGAACUUCCCUUCAGCAAGCCAUAUGGGAGGCGUAUGGGAGAGGCAAAUAAGGACGAUCAGAAGUGUCUUGACCGUAAUCCUCGACCAGUCUGCUAAACGACUCGACAGUGCCUCACUCAGAACCUUUCUGUAUGAAGUAAUGGCUAUUAUAAAUAGCAGACCUCUGACAAUCGAGCAUUUGAAUGACCCAACAAGCCUUGAACCUCUCACCCCCAAUCACAUUCUCAUGAUGAAGUCAAACAUAAUAUUCCCACCUCCUGGUGAGUUUGUGAGUCCAGAUCUAUACUUGCGCAAGAGAUGGCGCCAGGUGCAGUUCUUGGCGAACGAAUUUUGGACAAGGUGGAAGAAGGAGUAUCUCCUUAAUCUUCAGCAAAGGCAAAUGUGGCAGAAAGAAAAAAGAAAUACAAAGGUUAAUGACAUUGUCAUCCUGCAGGAGGACAGUUCUCCACGUAACCAAUGGAGAUUGGCAAGGGUGACAGAGGUGUAUCCGAGCACUGAUGGAAUAGUUCGAAAGGUGAAAUUGUUGAUCAGUGACUCGACCUUAGACAGCCAGGGAAGACGCAUUACCAAGCCAGUCUACCUUGAUAGGCCUGUACAAAAGACAGUUGUAUUGCUUGAAGCAGAGUAAAGGUUAUGGUUGCCAUUUCAUAAAUACAGUAUUUUAUGUUACUGUAAGUUUAAGGGCAUACUGUAUGGUUGAAAUUAAAGUGUGAAAGGGUUUAAAUUGUGAGGUGAAAUGACAAAAUAGUCAUUUGGUGGGAGUAUAAAUGUCAUACAUAUUAUUUCUGUUAUUUAACAUGUUUGUUUAAUUUGUUAAGUCUUUUCAUGAAUAAUGAGUACUGACGUUAACGAGGAACUAACGAGUUUGCGUUGCACACGGACAUUUUUUCAGGUGCAACAGGAAAGGUUCUGGUGAGAAGUUAUUUCUCUGUUCGUGUAUUAAAAGAGUUACGUGUACUAUAAGACUUGCUCGUAUUUGAGCAAAUAACUAAAGAUGUUUUUUCCAUUUGUGUUUUUAAGCAAAGGAUUAAGGAAGAUGUGUCUCAUUUUUGUGUUUUGAACGGGUAUUUCAAGGGAACUCAUUCCCUCUUGGUUAUGUGCAGCCAGCGAGGUAUGUGUAUAUUACGUUUGAAUUGGCUAAGUGUAUUUGUACUUACGUUUUAUAGCAUAUGUGAACGUGUUUGUCUUUUACAUUGUCAUACUGUAGUUUGACGGUGGUUUUCAUUGCCGGUUAAUGUGAUGACGGAGAAAUGGAUGACAAGGCAAUAAAUCCAUCAGUAAUCAGAACAACGGUGUCGUUUAUUUCCUGGAGGGAGUGAUAAUUAAC